AUGAUUAUUCCUGCACCUGGUAUGCGGGGUCACUUCGGGGCCCAAUCCUCGAAGGCCCCUGAUGGUGGAGCAAAGCGACAGAAACGGAGAGCUGACUCGGACCUCGAUGAUUCCAGGAUAAAAGACAUUAGAAAGCGCCCCAGGGGCACAACCCCGGUUUCCGGUGCUGGUGCUCCCCAGCAAUCUGGCGGUGCAUUCUCCUCCCUGUCCGCGGUCCCUACUGCUGGAUUUGGUGCUCCCCCAGCUCAGUCGACAGGCUUCAAUUUCGGCCAGACUCAAAGUUUCCCGGGGGCCACUUCGACCCCCGCGCAAUCCAACCAAGGCAACUCAACCCCUUUCUCUUUUGGGGGUGGCAGCCAGCCAAGUUUCAGCUUCUCUGGAGGCUUCGGCGCCUCUAGCUCUGCUCCUGCCGCUAACCCUUUUGCCGCCGGCUCUUCGUUCUCUCCUGCUUCUUUCCCUGCUGGUGACUCCACUCCCUCCCAGCCAGCCCAGCAAAACACACCUUUCUCUUUUGGCGGCUUCGGAAGCAACCAAACUACCACCCAACAAUCAUCCUUUGCAUCCGCUCCAUUCGGAGCCCAGACCCCAAGCACAACUACCGGGACUGGCCUGUUUGGACAACCGGCUAUCAACAAUGCCACCACGAACUCUGUUGCAGACUCCAUGCAAACCUCACCUGACAGCAAGCCCAAGAUGCCUGCUGGGAACACCUCGCCCUCUUUGCCCUCGCUUUCACUGAAUCGUAGUCUGUUUGGUGAUUCGAAAACUACGACCCCCUUGUUUGGUUCCUCUACGCCUGCUUCACAACCAGAGAAAGUGGACACCGCUUCAUCAUCAGCUUCAAACCUCUUCUCCGCCACAAAAGCUGCUGCACCAGCAACAUCAAGCAAUCCAUUCAGUGGACUUGGCGCCUCAUCGACAGCCGAGAAGCCUGCCAGCCCGUUCUCCUUCACUCCAGCGACGUCGAAGUCUGCGGAGCCUGAAAAGGUCAAUGGAACGCAAAAAGCACCCCUUUUUGGUGCUGCUACACCUUCUGCUUCUCAACCAGAGGAAGUGAACGACGCUCCAUCCACAGUUCCUAAUAUAUUUUCCGCCACGAAAACUGCCGUACCGGCAGCUUUGGGCAAUCCAUUUGCCGGGCUCAGCGCUUCAUCGACAGCAGAGAAGCCUUCCACACCAUUCUCAUUUACUCCAGCAGCCUCAAAGCCUACGGAGCCUGAGAAGGUCAAUGGAGAUGGAACGCAAAAAGCAUCCCUCUUCGGUGCUGCUACACCCUCUGCUUCUCAACCUGAGAAAGCGAACACCACUUCAUCCACAGCUCCCAAUCUCUUUUCUGCCACAAAGACUGCUGCACCAGCAACAUCAAGCAAUCCAUUCAGUGGACUCGGCGCCUCAUCGACAGCAGAGAAGCCUGCCAGCCCGUUCUCCUUCACUCCAGCGACUUCGAAGUCUGCGGAGCCUGAAAAGGUCAAUGGAACGCAAAAAGCAUCCCUUUUUGGUGCUGCUACACCUUCUGCUUCUCAAGCAGAGAAAGCGAACAGCACUCCACCCACAGUUUCUAAUCUCUUCUCCGCCACAAAGGCUCCCGCACCGACAUCUUCAGGUAAUCCAUUUGCUGGACUCGGCGCCUCAACAACAGCACAGAAGCCUUCCACUCCAGAGAAAGUGAAUACCACUGAAUCCGCAGCUUCAAAUCUCUUUUCUGCCGCAAAGACUACCGCGUCAGCAUCCUCAGGCAAUCCAUUUGCUGGACUCGGCGCCUCAUCAACAGCUGAGAAGCCUUCCACUCCAGCGGCCUGGAAGCCUUCUCAACCAGAGAAAGUGGACACCACUUCAUCCGCAGCUCCUAAUCUCUUUUCUGCCACAAAGACUACCGCACCAGUGCCCUCAGGCAAUCCGUUCACUGGAUUCGGCGCCUCAUCGACAUCAGAAAAGCCUUCCACUCCGUUCUCCUUCACUCCAGCGACCUCCAAGCCUGAGAAAGUGAAUGGGGCUAGCUCUAUGACACCUGGAACGACGCCUCCACAGUCCAUGCACGAAACUUUUGGUCAGAAAUCGCCCGCGGGCCGUAAUACCACCUCUUCAAAUGACAUGGGAGGCCAGAUCUCAACUCCAGAUUUCGGUGACGAUUUGACCCAGGAACUCAAGGACAAAGCCGAAGUGCUUUGGAAGAUUCGGACCUUGGAUAUGCAUUUCCAACAGCAAAUCGCGAAGGUCAAGCCUGGAGAGACUUCGUUUGAUAACAUCCUACUUUUCUAUCUUAAGGUUCGCAGGAGCCUAGGUCAACCAGUGAAGAAGUGUGACAACGAAUCUUGGCCAUCUGAGAAAACGUCCACUCAGAACGGCCAAUCUAAAACCUCUGUGACCAAUGGCGUAAACGGUUCCGCCACAUCCAGCAUUUUUGCGAAGUCGUUCUCAUCGCCUGGACCUGCUCCCCUCCAAUUGAGCAAUGGCUCGCCGCAGUCUACUCCAACGCAGUCCGGCGGCGCGCCGUCCUCCCCUGCUCCUCCCAAGUUUGGUGGGGCAACGUCGUCUCCUGCCCCGUCAUUGUUCAGUGGUCUAUCGUCCCCUGCUCUUCCCAAGUUUGGCGGGGCUUCUUCCUCUACUGCUCCGUCAUUAUUCGGUGGACCAUCAUCAUCUGCUCCUCCCAAAUUUGGCGAGGCAAAUACGUCUUCUGCCCCACCUUUGUUUGGUGGUGCAUCCUCUGCACCCAAGUUUGGGGGUGGUACCUCCGGCCCUAUCGACUUCAUGGCACAAUUCAAAAAGACAGCCGAAAGCAAUGCGGCCAAGGAGAAGGCUCAGCGCAAGGCUGAGGAGUUUGACUCUGAAGAAGACGACGAGGAAGAAUGGGAACGUCGCGACGCCGAAAAACAACGCGAGAAGCUUGCAAAGUUUGCGGCUGAUGCUAAAAAGGCUGAAUCCGCUAAAACUGCCUGGGUUCCCGGACAAGGCUUCAAGCCGGUGGAUGCCGCCAAGUCUGCCACACCUACUCCUACUGAGAAGCCAUCCCCCGUUCCAUCCUUUGCUGAAAAGCCAUCUCCCGCUCCAUCUUCUUCUGCUUCCAUCUUCGAAUCAUCCUUCCUUCCUCUUUCUAACUCGGAGAAUAUCUUUGGUCGUAUUUCUACACCGAAGCCCUCCGAGGGUGACAAAGACAGUGAUGAGUCUGAUGCUGAGGACAAGACUGCCACGCCCAAACAUCACGCUGAAGAUGAUGCCGCCGAGGACGCCCUGCGAGAUUCUAAGAGAGCCAAGCCUUCUGAUCAGACAUGGAAGCCCACCCAGCCAAUACAAUUCGGAGUCUCUCAGACUUCCUCGACAGCAGGGACUCCCUCAACACCUGCUGUCGAGAUCUCAGGGAAAGUUACCCCGACACCUUCUGCUGCGACCUCCGAGAAAGUCAACUCCGAGGCCAAUGAUGAUGAAUCAGCACCUGGUGCCAUCUUUAGUCUGGCUGAAGACGCAGCUGAAACCGAAGGUGAAGAAUGUGUCUUCAAGUGUCGUGCCCGCGCUUUCAAGCUCGGCACCGGCUGGGUAUCUCAGGGCACUGGUUUUGCCAGCCUUCUCGUCCACGAGAGUGGUCGUGCACGCAUUGUCCUCCGUGCGGACCCAAGCGGUUCUGUUAUUCUGAACACACUUCUCAAAAAGGAAUUUGAUUAUCAACUGACCAAUAAUUCGGUGCAAUUUAUGGUACCCCAGGCGGAUGGCCCGCUCGAGCACUGGGCCGUCCGGGUGAAGGCCGACACGAUCAAGGCUUUCCACGAGAAGGUGGAGUCUAUCAAGUACUAG